AUGGCCUUUAACAAGGAGCAAUUCAAGGUGUACUCGGAGCAAUGUAACCCCAUCUUCGGCACUUCACCAUCGCUGGAGCUCCUUUACGAGAACCCCGAGUAUCCAUUUGCCCACGAGGCCGGCGUUUUCAUAGCGCAAGACAACACGCUUUUCGUUACCAGCAACCAGUUCAAGGACCCAGCAACUGGCCAGCGGACCAUCAAGAUCACGCGGGUAUGCUUGCCCGCCGACCGAAAAUGUGCGUCGGUCGUCUGCGAGGAGGUCGAGGCACCGGAUGUGCCAAUGGCAAAUGGCGGGGUUAACUACCGCGACGGCAUCCUCUUCUGUGCGCAGGGGACGCUCACAUCAGCGGGCGGUCUCGUGCUGAUGGAAGCAAAGCCUCCACACAAAUGCUCCUCGAUCAUCAGCUCGUUCCACGGCCGGCCGUUCAACUCUGUCAACGACGUGGUUGUACAUUCGGAUGGGAGCUUGUGGUUCACUGAUCCGAUAUACGGCUAUGAGCAAGGCAUUCGCCCCAAACCCAGGCUGCCGAGCCAGGUCUAUCGGUUCGAGCCGGCCACUGGUUCAAUCCGCGCCAUGGCGGAUGGCUUUCAGAGGCCCAACGGCAUCUGCUUCAGUCCAGACGAGAAGAUUGUCUACUUGACGGAUACGGACUGGAUACAUGGAGAUGGCACAACCGACGACGCACGCGUGUCGCAUAUUUACGCAUUCGACGUCACCCUCUACUCAGGCCAGCCGUUCCUCACCAACCGCCGACUGUUCGCCAUGGCCGACGCAGGUGUCCCAGACGGUAUAAAAUGCGACACUCAGGGCAAUGUGUACAGCGGAUGUGGCGAUGGCGUCCAUAUUUGGUCUCCUGGUGGCGUCCUGCUCGGUAAAAUCCUCGUGGAUGGCGGUGUGGCAAACUUCUGCUUCGGCGUACGUGGCGAGCUGUUCUUACUGAACGAACACAAGAUUUGGCGAGCACAGCUGCAUGGAGACAUCAAGGGAGACCUGCUGCGGAUAUAG